UUACAUAGAACCGGACGGAACAGCUUCCCCCUUUCCUCUCAAAACGCAGAGGUGUUAAGACCACGGAUGAGACGCAUGCGCAGCACGAGCCGGCACUGGAGGGGCUGCUUUUGCGGCGCUCGUGCAGGUACCGGCGGUGGCGGCGGCGGCAGCCGCAGCAGCAGGAGCGACGGCCUUCGCUGCAGCUCUGCGCGGAGAGGGCGCGGCGACGAAGGAGAGGGCUGCGCCUGUGGCGGCUGGCGAGGCCGGGCGGGCGGCUCGCCUCAGCAGCUGGCGGAGAGGUACGCGGACCUGGCCGCCAGCCACGCUGAAGCGCUGAGGCUCGGCGAAGAGCGCGAGCGGCAGAGCGGGCGGCUGCGCGACGAGAACGCGCGCCUGAAAGUGGAAAACCGGCGCCUGCGCAGAGAGAACCGAAGCCUCUUCCGCCAGGCUUUGAAGCUGCAGCAGCAGUUUGAAGAACCGGAAGCCGAGCCUGAGGGCGCGAGUUCCUCCCAAGAAGAACAGGAACUGGUGCGGAGUGGUGGAAAAAGGGCACGAGUUAGCGAAGGAGGGAGAGGGGAAACGCCCGAUGUAGCCUGAAAUCUCCCACCGCGUAGCCGAGGAGGGAGAGUUGAAUCUGACAGGCAGGCUCAGGGGACCUUCUCCCCCCCCAACAGUUUCUCCUAGUGAAGCUGCUGCUUGAAGCUGGCAUCACAGACCGACAUUUAAAGGCAUCCCCGUGGGGCAGAGAACCUCCAAACUGAAACUGUUUUCUUUCGUUCGUUUGACACCUGGUAGGAGGAAAUAGCCUCCCUGCGCCCUGUUGUGCACUGUAGCUCCAUCUUCAUCAUCACUUGAGUUUCCCGAUCUCCUUCCCGCGUACACCAGCUUUGGUGGCAAGCAAAGAGGCCUGGUUGCCUGGUGCGAAGCUUCUUGUGGCCUGUUUACCUGCUGGCAGGAGAAUGCCUCUACCACCUGCCUUGUCCCAAGUGUGAACACAUCUCAUGGGAGACAAGAAUAAGACAAGGAAGGUGUGAUCAGCAGCGUGGCUGCUGUCAACAGCCUAAUAAAGCUUGGAGUGGUCUUCCUGGAUUGAGGGAGACGGCAGGGAAGGGAUGCUGGGAGUCUUGGGACCAUCCUUCCAAUGGUUUGGAGUCUCUGAGAAUGUAUCUGGGAACCUGCAUGGAAAUGUCUGAGGCCAAUGAACACCACUUCUCAUGUGCAUAAAAUGUCCUUUACUACUUCUACUCAUCAUUUCAACAAACAGCGAGAUGAAUAAUGUAGUUUUUGGCAGAAGACAAACUGCAGCAGAAUGGAAACAGUGCUGCAUGUGACGGCUAUAGGACGGACUGGAAAAUGGGCCUGUAUUUUCAGCUGGAGUUUUUCAGUGGAAGGUUCUUGGUGAAAACAUCCUUAUCCAUUUAAUCUAGUUAACAGGUACCAGAUCCUGAAUGGAUUAUAACACACCCUGUGUAGAUCCUUUCCACAUCUUCUGCAAAUGUGACAUGAGUUGACCGUUUUGAUCUGUACCUCUCAAAUUGUACUUGAAAUGCUAUUGAUACAAGAUAAACAGCGAGUUAUAUUUUUACCUCUGUCAGAGAUUUAAACCAUCUGUCUAUAUUAAUUGGAAUCUCUAGAGAAAAUGACUUUUGACAAAAAGGUAUAAAAUCAAUCUAUGUAAAUGCUUUUAUUGCUGACAGGGUUUAUAACUGUUUGACAUAGUUUGAUGUUGGUUUUCUGAUGGGAAGUUGCAGCCUGCCAAGUACACAGAUGUAUGAGUUUCCAGAAAUGGUACACUUAAUUUGGUUUUGAAAGGAAUAUUUCUCUGAGGUUGCAAAUCUCUCAGCAUCUGCUUAUCAAGUGAAUGAGAUUGGCUGUGUUAUUAAAGGUAAUCUUAUGUGAAGUUUAUUGAGGAAGAUGUUAUGUUCAGAAAGGACAGAAAUUAGUUGAAUAGUGGUAGGUUUUCAUUAUAUCUAAUUGGGCUUUAGUAUUGAGAUAACCUUUUAGCUAUGUUUGAGUUUCUACACUUGAUGAGUUCAUGGAUUCUGUUCUCACACCAUUGUAAAAUGGGGAUUUUAUUUGGUUGCAGAGAAAACAUUUGUUCAAAACAGGAAGAAGCAUUCUGUAGAUAGUACAUUUGAUUUUCAAAAAUAUGUACAGGUAGAAAACAAAUUAGGAAUGAUUAUCAGAUUGUAAAAGUUUGUGAGGUUAAAAUCCUGUACUUACCUGGAAGUACACCCAGUUGAACUCAAUGGGACUACCUUCUGAAUAAUCAGGUAGAGAUUGCACUGCUAACCUGUCAAUAUUUGCAAUCUCAAUCUGGAAUGUUAAUGUCUGCAUUUUGUAAUAAUCUUAGAUGUAAAUCUAUUUUUUCCAUAUCCAUGUAGGGGCACCAAUCUAGAUCAGGCUCUGACAAAGGGGUCUUUGCUCCCUGCUGCAGUCCCAAUAUGGAUCAAGCACCCUCCACUUCCGAUUUAUAAUGGGAGGAAAUCUCUUAUUAGUGCCAAAUUGGUGAGGAAAAUCACAUGGGUCUUUCCCAUAGAAUUGGUGUCCAAUCAGUCCUCAGUAGAAAGUCUCAACAUACUUUACAUAUAAUAUUGGCUUAUUAUGUCUUGCACAGCAGAAGCCUUUCACAAAUCACCUUGACUUGAUAGCAUCUCCUGAAGGGCAUAUCUCAUCAUGACCCCAAGUAAAUGUUAGUGGUUCACAGUUUUAAGUUGGGUGUGGGGAACCUUUGGCCUUCCAGAUGUUGCUGAACUACAACUCCCAUAAUCCCUGAUC